UUCCAUCUACUGAUUCAAUCAUCGCCGAUUCAGUCUGCCUUUUGCCUUGUCACAGAAACACCCCCUCUCCUAUCUCACUCUGUUCGUUUCAGCACAGAACCGGAUCCUUCUGAUCAUACGAUUUCGUCCACGACGUUACAUGCGAAGAAAAGCAAGGACCGAAACCGAGGAAGGGUUUUUGAGGGUGAAAAUCGACCAAUGUUUUUGGAAAUAAUACUUAGACUCACCCAUAUUUAAUUUCCCAGUGGGUGCAUUGGCCUGAAUUAUACAACACAAUGGAUCUCUCAUUUAUGGCUGCGCAGAUCCCGGUCAUGACGGGCGCCUUCAUGGACUCGCCGAACGACGACUACAGCGGCGACCAUUCGCUCUUCAACUCCUCGGCCAGCGUGCACGCGGCCGCCGUCACCUUGCAGGGCCAGCAGGACGAGGCGCAGCCCAUGUCCAGAGACGCCAUCUGGCUCUGGAUCGCCAUCAUCGCCACCAUCGGGAACAUCGUGGUCGUGGGCGUGGUGUACGCGUUCACUUUCUGAUAGUCCGCUGCCGUGGUUUGCCUUUGACUUCAGACACUGGGGGAUGCCACCAACUCUCUUUGUUAAAGAAAAGGUCCAGCAGAACACAGGGAUUCAGAGCGACAGCAAUUCAUUGCAUGGUAAAAUUGUAAUCGGUUAUUUUAAUUGUGUAUUUAUUUAUAUAUCAUUUACUGUAUCCCACCAUCCACCCAGUACAUUUCUUCAUAGUUUAUCUAAUGUUGUUAAAGAAAUCUAGAGAUUUUUUAUUUUUUAUUUCUUUUUAUUUAUGAGUUUAGAAAUUAGGUGCAGCUGAAAACCUACUGGUAAUGUGGACCAACAAAUCAUUCCUAGACAUGAGAGCAGCAUUCAAGAGGGUGCUGUCUACCUACUGGGGAAAAGUGCAAUGGAUUGUUUGUUGUAAAAAAGAAAAAAUGAAAUUUGGUAUAAUUUCUGCAUUACUUACUACUUAGCCAUGUGACAUAUUUCAAAUACUAAAACUUACUGCCAAAGGGAGGUAAUCUGUGAUGUAAUUACAGAUGUAUACAUAUUCAAUUUAUAAAAUGUAAAUAGUGAAAAACAACAGAUAUAGAACAGCUUUAAAUGUACAGUCGUAGUCCACUCUGCAGUCAAGGUUUUUAGAUUUUGUCCAAUUCACUAGUUAUACCAUCUGUUUCUUAUAAUAUGGGGCCAGCAUUGAUUAGUAAAAGAGACAAUCAUUGACUGCAACACUAUUCAGUGUACAAAUGUGUUCAUUCAAUGCCAUAAUAUAAUUGGCAGAGUCCUUUUCAGUGCAAGUGUCUUUUUUAUAUGAUAUGUUGUAUUUUUUAAAUUUUAUUUCCAGCUGUCUUGCUCAAGACCUUCCAGUCAAAAGUGAAUGUGCUUUUAGCACUACACAAUAAAUGCUACGAUAUCAGAGGAACCUUUGAAGGCAGCAAAUGUAUGAAUGCCCUUCAUUUGACAAUCUACCAUUAUUUAUGGCUACAUAAGUAUUAUUCAUUAGUUGGAAAUAACUUAAAUUGCUCAUUUUCAAAAGAUGAAUUCAUUUUUUAAGCGUGUUGAAAAUAAUUUGCAUAGUAAUUUCCUUAUCCUUGUAUUGAUUUUAUUGAAACUUAAGAACUGAAACUUUCAGUAAAAUAGUUUUAUUCAGCUGUGUAGGCCAGAAUGAUUCUAUUCAAUUUUGAAAUGUAUUCAAUAUCACAAUAAUUUAUAUGUGUAAUUACACCAGAGACACAAGCAGGCAGUGUUAUGUUGUUGCUAUAUAUACUGUAGAUUUGAAAUAACUGUUUACACUAGUAAAACUAGACUGGCUAACUGUAUAUAUUCAUUCUUCAAAGGAAAACAGUGAAACUUGUUUGUAUUUUGUGGUGUUUUGAGUGGCAUCACUUAAUAGUAAUGUUCUUUUUUAUUACAGAAAGAGGAAACAUUGUUGGUUAGAUGUUUAUUAUACAUGUGAUGUCUGUAGACAUUUUCAAGACCAUAAUUCUGGGGGUAUAAUAAAGUACUACAUAGUUCA